ACACUUCCAUUUGCAACACAGCGGAACCAGCGGCUGCACGCUGAACUCAAAUGCUUCUUCACAAUCACAAAGCAUAUUCAACUGCAACUUCUAAACUCACUUGGAGAACCCAAAUCAAACAAAACCAACUGGUUUCCCAAAUCUCUUCUAUUUUAAUACAAAGACACAACUGGGUCUCACUUCUUCUGAAUCUUAAUCUUUCUUCCAAGCUCACUCCUCCUCUCUUCCUCCAAAUACUCCAUAAAACUCAAUCCCACCCUCAAAUCUCUCUCAGCUUCUUCAACUGGGCCAUAUCCUAUCUCAAAUUCAAGCCAGACCUCAUAUCCCAAUGCCAUGUUAUCCAAGUUUCUCUUGGGGCGGGUCUUGCCCAAUCCGCGAAGACAAUCUUGGAUUCUCUAGUUCAAACCCGCAGUGCACAUGUACUCGUGGAGACCAUGGUUCAAGCUUGUAGAGGUAAAAGUUCUCAGUCUGAUGCUUUAAGCUUUGUUCUUCAAUGCUAUUCGCGUAAGGGUUUGUUUAUGGGUGCUUUGGAGGUGUCUAGGAAAAUGAGAGUUAUUGGAUGUACUCCUUCUGUUCAUGCCUGUAAUGCACUUCUUGAUGUUUUGCAAAGAGGAAAUCAGAUAAAAUUGGCCUGGUGUUUUUAUGGUGCCAUGAUUCGAGAUGGGAUUCUGCCCGAUAAGUUUACUUGUUCCCUGGUUGGUCAUAUUCUUCGUCGAGAUGGGAAAUUUGAGAGAAUUGUUAAAUUGUUAGACAUGGGUAUUCGUAAUUCAGUUAUGUACAAUGCUAUUGUUGAUUAUUACAGUAGAAUUGGGGAUUUUGAAGCUGCAUUUUGUCGCUUAAAUGAGUUGCAUCAUAGAAAACUUGACCCUAGUUUCAGUACCUAUGGCUCCAUACUAGAUGGAGCUUGCAAAUUUAGAAAAGUUGAAGUGAUUGACAGAGUAAUGGCUGAAAUGGUGGAUAAAGGAUUGCUUCCUAAGCCUCCUUUAUCUGAAUGUGGUUCAACUAUCCAGAAGCUUUGCGAUUUGGGAAAUGUGAAUGCUGCAACAAUGUUUUUCGAGAGAGCUUGUGAUGAGAGGAUUGGAUUGCAGGAUGCUACAUAUGGGUGUAUGCUAAAGGCAUUUUCUAAAGAAGGAAGGGUAGAGGAAGCUAUAGGUUUACACCGAAUGAUAAUAGAAAGGGGUAUCACAAUAAAGAAUAGUGCUUAUCAUGCUUUUGUAGAUCUUCUUUGUGAGGAAGACCAACCUGAGGACAAAUAUGGAAUACUGAGGGACAUCAUGAGAAGGGGUUUUAGUCCUUCUACAUCUAAUUUGUGCAAAUGUAUCUCAUCAUUAUGUGCAGAACGCAAAUGGGGGGAGGUGGAGGAGCUGUUGAAUGUGGUUCUAGAGAAAGGGUUAUUGCCAGAUUCAUUAUCCUGUUAUUCCCUGGUCGAACAUUAUUGCUCCAGCAGACAGAUUGAUAAAGUUAUUGCAUUGCAUAAUAAGUUGGAGAAAUCAGAAGCAAGUUUAGAUGUAACAACAUAUAACAUAAUCCUUGAUGGUUUAGUUAAAGAAGGAAGAAUUGAAGAAUCAAUUAGGGUGUUUGAUUAUAUGAAAGGACUCAAAUUAGUUAAUAGUGCAAGUUUUACAGUUAUAAUCCGUGGGCUUUGUCAUGCAAAGGAGAUGAGAAAAGCAAUGAAGCUUCAUGAUGAAAUGUUGAAUAUGGGGCUUAAACCUGAUAAAGCAACAUAUAAAAGCUUGAUAUUGGAAUUCAAGCGAUAGGAUGUCUACUUCAAUGUCUCUGUUUGUUCUGUAAGUGUACAGGCUGAAAUUGCAUAUUGUGCCUUCUUUUUAUGACUUGGAAUAUUUCCCAAGCCAUGUUGACAGUGCAAAAAUGCAAAAAAGACUUAUUUUUUUUUA